AUGGAGGACGUCGGUGGAUGAAGGAUGUCGGUGGGAUGAAGGACGGGUCACAUGUUGAGGUCUGUGUCCUCUCCUCUCUGUGUUGGCCGUGUUCUGCUCACUUCUUUAUGGACGACCCACAGAAAUAUUUUCCCAGCUCCUUGGCUCGCCCUCUGCUGAGGUUCUCCACCUUCUUCAGGAAGUGUCCGGCUCUCCCAGGCUUCCCCAUGAUUGGCCAAUCACAGCAGCUGCAGUGGACGUGGUUGGGGAAGGCGGAGGUCCAAUAUGGCGGGUCUGAACCCCCCAGGUCUCCACCCUACAGAUGUUCCUAUUGUACUAGCAACUUCAACCAGCAGGAGGACAUUUCCAAGGAGGAGGAUAGGCGGAACAAAACGGGAGUGCCUGACGGUCUGCUGAGGGAUUGUCUGGAGCCGCUCACAGCGAAGACUGGAAUCCUGGCAAAUACGGGAGGAAACCGGCUGUUUUCUAUGUGGACAGGCGGGCCCUGUGUAGCGGAGCGGGAACAGUUCUCAGCCUGAUCCCUACGCGGAGGUGCGGGGCCCCAGACAUCCCUGCUGUGGGGGAGAAGAGGCGCCUGGUACUGGAGCUGGUGGACCGGAUCAUGAGGGAGGAUCGCUAUCUCCAUAUUGACAAAUUGGCAGCCAAGGUGAUUGCUGCUUCCCCGAAGCAGAUGGACACGCCCCCUUUUGCUGGUCUCGGCUGCAGUGCCCUCGAUGCAUUGUCCGGUAUAAUGUGCCGGCUCCGGGAGGGCACCAUCUCCAAGAACCCGAAGAAUAGGCAAUUCAUUGGCAAUAGACCGGCGCCUCAUCUAUCCCGUCCCCCACUCAUCCCUGUGAUGUCACACAGCAAGCCUGCCACGCCCAUCCCCCCACAGGUGUCAGAGUUCUGCAGCGUCCCGCAAAACAACCAACAACAUCGGAUCGGUAACGGAGGAGAGGCCGAUGUUCCGGACCUUCCGGUACCCGGAGUAG